AAUAGGGCCAGUCAUUCGCUGCCCAUGAAUGCGGUUGUGUCAUUUUAAUUAGACACAGCAACUAUGUGUCAAGAAUAAGAUGCACUUCAUGAUGCGGUUAGGCGUUGUCUUGCGGACGGCGAAGGCCUCACCUUAAACACCGGACGCGCUUUUGGUUCGACAUCAGAUAUCAGUGGCCUUCGAGGGGCUUUGCGUUUGGCUUGCAAUGGCGAACUGGGAAGGAAGCAAGGGGCUUCACCUCCAGUUCAGCGCAUUUAUUAUGGAGUUGGAGAGAGAGAAUUUGCAACAGCGCAAAAGCUCGGGAACUGGUUGCUUGAGAAGCGCUUGCUGGCAACCGCCGCCCAGGGUCUCAAGAGUGACCUCCUGCAAACUGCGGGAUACCAUGGCGCUUCGGCGAUUGCCCAAAGCGCUGUGGAAGUGAUCAGCAAAGCUGCAGAUGUGGUACAGGCGCUCAACUCUGGAAUCCGUAGCUUGAGCCAACAGCAGCAGCGGUCGGCAGCUCGGCGAGCGGGCGCUCACGGUCGGGCUCACAGCGCGGCCGGGGGCAGCAAGGCGUCGGCAACAAGGCCUAAUGUACUUCCGAAGACAAUAGCUGGCACAUUACUUGCGCAGCUGUGUCAUACGGAUGUCAUGAUGGCUGCUGCGGCCUCCAUCCGCAUAGUUGGGAAAGUUCGCACGGACGCGGCUGCGCAAUCUGCAGCGGCAACCUCGUCCUCGCCAGAGCCGGUCGUGCUAUCCGAGGCCAUGAGCACUGUCGCAGUCCUCUUCAGCGUGCUCCACUACCUAUACAGUGCCGUAUUCAACGUGAACGAAAUGGUCGAACAGGAGCAGCCACAGGCGUCAGCUCCAUUGGUCGCCUCGCUUGUGACCGCGCUAGAGCGCUCUCAACUGCUCGAGGUGGCAUGCUCCGCACUGCUUGAUGUGCCGUUACCACCACAAGCAUCGAUCCGGCAGUUAGAGGCGUUGACAUUCGACAUCGCGUUUGCGACAUCCUCACUGGCCAACACCAUUUCCACGCUGGCUUGGAUGAGCAAGGACCCCAACUUCAUCGCUAUCGGGAGGGGACCUGCCGAGGACUCCGCCGGCGCCACCCCGGCCGCUGGGCAGCAGGCAACGCUGCAGGAGCGGGUUGGCCGGCUGCUCUGCCUUCCUUCCACCAGUCGCUUGCAGGUUGUGCUGCUGAAGCGGUUCUGCCUGAACGCAGCAGCCACAGCACCCGCAGGGAGCAGCAACAGCGGUGGCAGCGGGUGCGGCUGGGAGUUCAUGGAUGCCAUGCGGCUGGACUUCCGCCUGUGCGAGCAGGUGGUGGAAGAGGGCAACCGGCUUGGGGGCGUGUCUUCGUCGGCGCUGCUGUCACUCGCCCUGCCCGCGUUGUGCUCCUGGAGUGUUGCGGCCGGCCUGCCGCAGCUGCACUCGCUGCUCCCCGCCGACCUAGACACGCAGCUGUCUGGCGCCCUGGAAGCCACGGUGCGCUUGAGCAAGGCGCGCAGCGAGGACACCGCUCCCGAUGCCGCUAUACGGGUAAUGGAGGCGAUCCUCAUACCCGUCCUGGAUUGCGUUGGAAGGCACCGGCUGGCUGUCAUUGCCACUGGAAGGGACAGGGACGGCCGCCCUAAGGCGCAUCCGAAGCCCACAGAGCUGGAGGCGGUGGCAUGGGCGGUGGUGGCUUCUGUGGAACUGGUGUCGGACCAGCAGCGACUGGGCAAGGCGAGUGGGGCGGGUGCGGGUGGGCGGCGGACGGGGCAGCGGCAGCAGCGAGCGGCUGGGAAAGCGGGUGCCGGUCUGGAGCGCGCCACACAGCUGGACUUGAAUGUCAACCACUGGCUGCACCGCCUAGUGGAAGCGACCAAGGUUCAGGCAAACAUCUUUCCGGUUGAAGGCACCUCUGGAGUGAGCUCGGACGCGCAGCAGGACGCGGCUCGCCGGCUUGCCCGCGCCGGUUUGCUGCCCGCACUAGACCACGCCCUCCGGCUCCUCGCAACGUACAGCGACCCAGCCGUCCUGUGCGACACUGCUCUGGCCGCGGUAUCCGAGGUGACACGCAACCUGGGCCCGCAACUGCUGCUGCUGCAGCACCAGCAUCCGCUGGGUGAACCGUCGUCCAUCUCCUCUUCCGCUGCAGUGGCCGCGGCGCAAAGCGGCACGGGGGCCAGCGGCAGUGCCUCCGUCGGCGGUAGCAACAGCAGCAGCAGUCAGCCUGCCUCAGGUCAGCAGCCUACACCGCCUCCCAGCCUGGAUCUGGGCCUGUACCUGUCCGUUGCCAAGCUUGCCGGGACCACCGCUGCGAAGAUGGAGGAGGCCACUGCCCUGGCCACAGCAGCGGGCUUCUGUACCUACAGCAGUGGGGAAGUUCGCCGCGACCUGCAUGUCCUGCGGGCUGUGCUGUCCCGGACGUUGCGUACGCUGGGCAGCCUGUGCAAGAGCGUUGGCCCGGCCGUGCCGCCGCCAUCAUCGCCUGACAUGGCAGCCAUCGCGGCCCGGCCGGGGGUCCGGGCUGCAGCGACUUUCUGCAUGCGAGGGUGGCUCCGAGCGGCGCUGGCGCUGGUGCGGAGUCUGGAGCACGAGCACCGGGUGCUGUGGCAGCCCAGGAACGUGUGCAUGUUUCGAGACGCGCGUUGGGAUGACUACAUAGGUCACAGCCGCAAGCAGAUGGAGGAGGUGGUGAAGGAGUGCUUGCCUGACGUGCUUGCGCACGCGCCUGCUUACUUGGUCUGCCUGCUCGCCAGCGACAUGCCCCUGCCAGAGGUGCUGUCGUUGCAGCCUGAGGAGCUGCUGUGCUGCUGCGGUGAGCUGCUUGCUGCGUGGUUGAAGGCACUGGACGCCGAUAUCGAGUACACGCUGCAUCGGGAGGCAAGGAUGCAGAUGCUUAGGCAGCAGUUCCCAAGAAUUGCCGUGGUGGAGCAGCUCUCUGCAUCUUCAGAUGUGGAGCUGGCGAAGGCCGCAGUGGCUGGCCUCAGCCUGGCGCUGCCUACCCUGGCAGCCCGGGAGGAUACGGCCCCGCUGGUGCUCAAGUGGCUUCGGCGCCGGGGCAACGCCGAGCGACCUGGAAGCAGCAGGUCUGGCGGCGCGGCUGGACGCGGCCAGGAGGAUUCCAGUGCGCGGAGGGGCGCAUCGCGGCAGCAGCAGCAGGAGGAAGAUGCGGAUGAGGAGGUCGCGUCGGGUGAGGUCCCGGCCCUGCAGAUGCGCGUGACGCUUGGGGAGGUGCUGCGUGUGCUGCAGUCCACGCGCGUCACCGGCCUCCGCAGCCUGGGCGCCUGCCAGCGGUGCCUGCAGGACCCUCUGUCCGCGGCGGCGGUGCGGGAGCCAGGCGGGGAGCGCUGGGCGGCCUUGCGGAGGUGCGGCCAGCGCUGCCUGCGUGAGCUGCUACUGGCGGAGCAGGCGGGGGCAGGGGUCGCUGAGGCAGGGUCCCACCUGGCGAUCCGGGAGCACCGGUGUCGGCAGGCGCUGCAGGCCGCAGGGCUAGAGGACCCACAGCAGGGAGCGCAGGAGCGGCCCCAGCCGGCUGCUGCCGACAUGCUCAAGGCGUGCUGCAACCCUUGGUGCGGCAAUUUCGAGGGGCCCAGCGAGGGGGCGUUGCGGCUGUGCAAGUGCGCGGGGUGCAAGGCAGUGAGGUACUGCGGUGCUGCUUGCCAGAAGCAGCACUGGCCGUACCAUAAGUCCCUGUGCCCGGUCCUGAAAGCCCAGCGGAAAGGUUAGAGGUGCGAGGUGGGGACGGCAGGGCGCAAGCAGCUAGAGCAGCGCGCGGGAUGCGUUAAAAGUUUGCUUCAUACUGACGCAGUUGGUUUAAUGCCGUAUCCGGCUGUCCGACGUGCGGGAGUACAGCUUUAGUCGAGUGUAGGACAUGCUCCUUGGGGCAGCUUGGGGCAGCUAAUAUUAUUGCCGCAACCGAAUACAACUUUUGAAGUUUGAUGGGGUUUUGUGUUGUGCGACGGCAUGCGUGUAAAAUGAAGGGCUGCUUUUGUUGUGAAGGCCCGUUGAAGGGCUGUUGUUGUUGGCGCAGGCAUCCGCUCUCCGUAUUUCAACUUUCCCUGAUGCAUGUCCUCUCAUGCGCGGCUCCGUCUCCAUGGACCAGGCUGGUAGAGUUACUGGGCGUUGUUGCAGAUGUUUAGCUGUCUUUCGGGGUGAGAUUGGCUGGCUUGCAGGUGUUGUAUUUGCAUUGGUUCCUGAUAUCGCAGGGGGCAAACCGUGUAGAGCAUCAGGCUUGCCACGAGGUUCCCACCAUUCGGGGCCUUAUCAGCUGGCUGUUCGUUGCCCUUGGCGAGAACUCAUGUCAUGUUACGUGUUUGUUUCAGUCGGCAGGGUGAUUAAUUAUGUGAUGCUUGCAUUGUACUGCAUAUAUAGGUUGCUGCUGCAACAGCAGAGGGCCGCGUUGGCAUUGCUUGUCAGAGGCAGUACUUUUGUGUGAGCCAUUUGGCUAGGUUCUGCACUAAGAACGCCAAGACGUGUUGUAGUGUGUUGCUGCGGCAUGGAUGGUUGAACCCGUACGAGCGCUAUCCGGACCCGUUGUAGGACCCGUUAGGGACGGUUAACUGUACGGACUGGUGGGGUUGGCGGCGCGUGAACAAUUGUACAGCGCGUAUUUGUCCUGCCGUAAGUAUGAAUGGUUGCAGUGUGUACGGCUUUAUGUAGGGUGCGUCCUUCUGCUGCGAAAGUUGCCUUGGACAUGGGCGCUAUGCUAGCAGCUGGUUGACGACGUAAGCCUCACAAGGGGGGUCGCUAGCUAUCGCACUGCAUUGCAUUGUGUUAGGUGGCGACACGAUGGGCGUAGUUUUGCUAAAGUCUACGCUUAUUGGUGGUAGGGUCGCCAAGCGAUUGGAAUCGCCGAGUCCGCACCGGCAGUGACGCUACCUAGCUUACGAACAACGAGUGUCAGUCUACUUAUGUAUAAAAGCAGAACAGUUGGGGUACUGUUUUCGAGAUGUGCGAGUCCUCGUUAUGUG